ACUCGUGGCCCCUCGUUAGCUCCCUUCCUCUUUAUCUACUUCCCUUCCAUUGCAUUUGCAUGCCUUUACAUUGCAAUUGAAAAGCAGCCUCCUACCACCCUCUCAAAGCAACCAACAAGCAAGAAGCCAGCCAGCCAGCCACAGCCAGCAAGCAAGAAGCCGGGAGCUAGCCGAGGAAGAAACUAGCAAGCAAGCAAGGUGGCUACGGCAACAAUGGCGGCGGACCUGGGGUUCGAGGAGACGGAGCUCCGGCUAGGCCUGCCCGGCGGCGGCGGAGGCGGCGGAGGGGGAGACGGCGAGGGGACAAGGAGCGCCUCCGGCAAGAGGGGCUUCGCCGAGACCAUCGACCUCAAGCUGAAGCUGGAGCCGGCGGCCGCGGCCGUCGUGGCGGAGGACGAGGAGGUCGAUGCGGCGGCGGAGGAGUCCUCGCCUGCCGGGAAGAUGAAGAGGUCCCCAAGCCAGAGCAGCGUCGUCACCGCCGCCGCCCAGCCCGACCCCGCCGAGAAGCCGCGCGCCCCCAAGGCUCAGGUGGUUGGAUGGCCGCCGGUGCGCUCGUUCCGGAAGAACAUCAUGUCCGUGCAGUCCGAGAAGGGCGCCGGCAGCAAGGACGCCACCGACGGCGACAAGUCCUCGCCGGCAGCCAGCGGCGGCGCCGCGUUCGUGAAGGUGAGCUUGGACGGCGCGCCGUACCUGCGCAAGGUUGACCUCAAGAUGUACAAGAGCUACCAGGAGCUGUCCAAGGCGCUCGAGAAGAUGUUCAGCUCCUUCACCAUUGGAAGCUGUGGGUCUCAAGGGAUGAACGGCAUGAACGAGAGCAAGCUGGUGGAUCUGCUCAACGGCUCCGAGUACGUGCCAACCUACGAGGACAAGGACGGCGACUGGAUGCUCGUCGGCGACGUCCCAUGGGAGAUGUUCGUCGAAUCGUGCAAGCGCCUUCGGAUCAUGAAGGGAUCAGAAGCCAUUGGCCUCGCACCAAGGGCCAUGGAGAAAUGCAAGAACAGAAGCUGAACACAUGGGUCACCAGAUGCAAGAACCAAAGUCUCUGUAGCUUUGCAGCUCUGCUCGUCUCUGUAUCAUACUCGUCCCUGUUCUCCAAGCCUGUACCUCCUGAUCAGUGAAGUCAUUUUGGUGUGUCAACUGUGCUAUCAGUUCCAGUGAGUCAGUCAGCCAGCCAGUCAGUCAGUCAGUGUUCAAGUCUCAUCUUGUCAUAUACAAAAGAGAGAAGCCAUGAACAUGUACCUGUCCUAUAACAAUGUCUUUUUGCUCUACCUGUUCUUUUUUUUUCCUUUUUGGGCACAAAAUGCAAAGGCACCCUGCUUCUAAUGAAUGGGCCCUUUUGCAUCUUGUCCACCAAAAGUUGUUUAAUUAUAUUGCCAUGGUGUGUCAAUGGAACAAAUAAUUGUUGCAAGCUGUUAAAAAAUGUAUUGUAUGAGCCUAUCUUUCUUUCUUUC